UGGAUGGAGGUUACAAAAUUGAAGAAAGAAAUUUCGAGCGAUGACUCUUCCAGUAUCCAAUUAUGAAGAGCUUCUUGAUAAAGUUCGAGAGCUCACGCAGGAGACGAUACUCGUACAGGAGCAAUUGGCUUCCGAUUUGUUUAACACCGAAGAUUCAGCCGAUCUCAAUCAUAACCUCGCCCUUAUACAGAAGAAUUAUGAAAGAGGUAUUGAAUUAGCAGACAGUGUUAUAAGACAAUGUGAGCAAUCAAAAUUACUUGAAAUCAAUCAUACGUUGCUUUCAUCGGAUUCAAGUAUUCAAAGCUUACCCCCAAGACUACCCGAUUGUUCCAAUGUCGUAGUAAAAAUUCCUCCUGGAGAUCCAUCAUCUCGAUUAAAUGCUUGGCGAAAUAAAAAUCGAAAUCGACUACCACUUGACAGUCAACAGCAGCAACAGCAAUCGUAUGAGAAGCGUCGCCCAUUGUCGCUCCACGGAACCCGGGAGGAAAUUCUCUUUGGAAGUGGUAGCUUGGAUUUCGGAGUCACAACAGGAAGUAACUCCUGGAGGUUUCCGAAUCUCGCGAGUCCGUCUGCGGGCUUGUUGCUGAGACCUACCUGUUGUUCUGUCGAGCCAAGCUCGUGUCCUCCUCUUCGACCACUUGAACCGCGUCUGAGUGGAAACUUCGAGAGAAAGGAAGAAGAAUCAUCGUUAUCGACCUCGUCGUCGUCGUCGUUGAUAAUCUCUGCCGAUCCGUCCGUAUCCGUGCCGAGGGUCAGAAACGAAAAGGAGACGCUUUCUCCGUAUCCCUGCAGGGGCAAUCCUUCCGAAGUCGAGAGGCGGAAUGAGACCGAGCAAGGCUCUGGUUUUGUUUCGAUAUCAGAACAGUAUGCCAAAAGUAAACAAAAUUACAAACUUGAUGAAAAUGGUAUUAACGACGAUGGCCAUCAAAGUUUGCUACAAUUUCAAAAACCACCUACAACUCAUGAAACUUGGCCAGUAACGUCAAAUCUAUGGGGUUUAAGUCAAUCUGCAGGGUUAUCUGCUCAGCAGAUUGGAUCAGAAACACGAAACGAUUUAGCUAGUGUAAUGAGUUUUUCAUCUGGUACUGGAAUGAAUCCAUCAUCGGGUAUGCAAGGACAACGACGAUUAGGAGCUAAAAUGGAUGUAGUUUAUAGCCUUUUAAGUAUGUUAGGGAGUACCAAAGGUCGGGAAGAUAUGAGUGUUACACUGCUUUCAAUGAGUAAUUCAGUAGAAAGUUGCCUUGUAAUGAGGCAGUCAGGUUGCUUGCCACUACUUAUUCAAUUAAUUCAUGCGCCAGGACAGGAUCCUGAGACUCGAGAACGUGCUUCUCGAGCUUUAAAUAAUAUUGUACAUGCAAGAAACGAUGAAAAAUCUAGUAGACGUGAAGUUCGAGUGCUUCGACUGCUAGAGCAAAUACGAGAUUAUUGUCAGACAAUUAGGAUUUCUUUGGAAAACAGUCAAACUUUAAAUGAUUUGGAAAGGCAUCCAAGUGCAACCAUUGCAGCAUUGAUGAAGCUGUCAUUUGAUGAAAGUCAUCGAUAUGCCAUGUGUCAACUUGGUGGCUUACAUGCUGUUGCUGAACUCAUCGAGAUGGAUCAUACUGCACAUGGAGGCAAAUCUGAAGAUCAAAAUUGUAUUACUUUAAGGCGAUAUGCUGGCAUGGCUUUAACAAAUCUAACAUUUGGAGAUGGAAAUAAUAAAGCUCUUUUAUGUUCCUUUCAUGAAUUUAUGAAAUCAUUGGUUUUGCAACUAGAAAGUUCAAGUGAUGACUUAAGGCAAGUGACGGCAAGUGUUCUUCGUAAUCUGUCUUGGAGAGCAGACAGCAAUAGUAAACAAACAUUGCGUGAAGUCGGUGCUGUUAUUGGCUUAAUGAAAGCUGCGAUGGAAGGACGUAAAGAAUCGACUCUCAAAUCCAUUCUUUCUGCUCUGUGGAAUCUAUCAGCUCACUGCAGUACAAAUAAAAUGGAUAUUUGCGCCGUUGAAGGUGCUUUAGCAUUUUUGGUUGACAUGCUGAGUUACAACGCUCCGUCAAAAACAUUGACGAUCGUUGAAAACGCUGGUGGAAUAUUAAGAAACGUUUCCAGUCAUAUUGCUGUUAGAGAUGAUUAUCGAUCCGUAGUACGAGAACGCGGUUGCCUUCAGGUACUACUUAGACAAUUAAGAUCGCCAAGUUUAACAGUAGUGAGCAAUGCCUGUGGUGCACUUUGGAAUCUUUCUGCUCGAUGUCCGGAUGAUCAACGACUUCUUUGGGAUCUUGGAGCCGUUCCUAUGUUACGAAGUCUUGUUCAUUCUAAACACAAAAUGAUAUCAAUGGGUUCUAGCGCGGCAUUAAAGAAUCUUCUGAGUGCUCGACCUAAUGGAAAUAGUUUAGUUCAUAUGGAUUCAACUGCAAGGGGACUAGGUCUUCCUACUUUACCCAGUUUAAUGGCUCGGAGACAAAAGGCUCUUGAACAAGAAAUUGAUCAAACUUUGGCAGAAACUUGUGACAACAUUGAACCAAGUACUUCACCUAUAAAUAAAGAAGAUAAAUUUUCUUUUAAAAUUGAUCAAAAUUUCCUUGAAACGUCUAGCAGAACAGUUCAUACUCCCGUUGUGAAUCAAGCUGGAUCCUCUGGACUGAAAUUCACUGGUUUUACACGCAGUGAAAGUAGAGAAUCUAUGCGCUCAGUUACUAGUACACAUUCUGACACAGUUUUUGAAAAGGCUAAUCGUCAAGCACGAAAUGGAAUGACACUAUCACAGUUACAAAUCCAACAGCAAUCAGCAUCUGUACAUUCAGCAGUUAAUUUUGACAGUACUGUUACUACAAAUGGACAUUCAAAAGGUCUAACAGAAAAGAAGUAUACUUUACGUUACAUGAAUGCAAUUCCAGAGCGUUUAAAACCUGGAGAACCAUUACCAGAUUUGCGUGGUUUAAGGUACGAUACUACAACAGUGUCAUGGGCUACGACAUCCAAUCAAGAUACUAAUUCUUCGAAAGGACUGUCGCAUCCAACCAUCGAAGACAAUUUAUUAUCAAAUUCCUAUGAUUCUACACAUUCAAAAAUCAUAAAACCGGAGACAAAUAUUUGUAAUAUAACUGGAGAAAAACUUAAGAACGUAUUGCCAUUUAAUGGCGUAACAAAUUAUAAUCUUCCAGUAAAGAAUAUCGAAAAGGUUAUAUCUCCUAUAACCGAUCCCUAUAAUGAUUAUAUCGAGACAAAUUUAGACCAACCUACAGAUUACAGUAUCAAAUAUGCAGAACAUACUUCGGAUGAUGAUAAACAAAGUUCAGCAUAUUUCACAGGUACUGAACAAGAUACUGUCAAAACCUAUUGUACCGAAGGAACACCAUAUCAGGGUUCGUUAAAUUCCUCCAGGGCUUCUUCUGCUUCGGAUCUGCAUGAAGAAAGUAGAUUGCGAGCUCAUUUUAGAAAAAUUUCUGAAUUUGGUCAGAAAGGUUCAUAUAAUAGCUCUAAACAGCUUACUAUUAAUGCAAUUGCAGAACAACAUUUUAAAUCACAAAAUUAUAUUAGAGAUAAUUCGAGAGCGGACUCACUUCGAUCAACAAAUUCGGAGAGUACUUUAACUUUAGAAACUGGUAGAUCACUGGAAAGUGAUAGUGCUAUUUUUGAAGAUCAGAAAUUAGAUGAGAGCUCUGGACUGCCUAGUCUUACUUCAUUAAUUGGAGACGAACCUAAAAUAGUAGCCAACAGUGAGAAAGCAAAAAUCAAUAAUAUAAGAUAUAAUAUGGAAGGGCAAAAUUUUCCUACAUCAUUGGAAACUAAUAGUUUUGAAAAUGAACAUAAUUAUUUGCAUAAUCAGAGUUUACACUUUGGGCACACAUUCAGACGAAAUAGUUACGAUGAAGAUUUACAUUCUGAAAAUAAUCUUGUAAGGUAUAAAACAAAUACAAGCCUGAAUGACAUUGAAACUCAAGAUGUUAAUGACAUGUUAGCCGGAAAUCAACCUACUCCUUUAACGUCAUUAGAGUCGAUGGAUCAACAAUUACUGGAAGAUGAUAGAGAUAUUAGUGAAAUAACUUACACUAAUGAUUAUUAUACUAUCCAAGAAACGUAUGUUCUUGAUAAAAGUUCUCAAAUAAUAGACCAAAAUUCGUUGGCAAACGAUGACUGUAGCUCAUCUCAACAAUGCUCUUCAACUCUUAGUUAUAUGUCGGUUAAUAGUAAAGUCGAGAGAGAUGAAAUUGAUUUAGGAGGAAAUCAAAUUGAACACACUGUUACUUCAUCGAAUUCCGAGAAAAAGGAGUCUUUUGAUUCAGUUGAAAAGUCAGAGCAAGUACUUUUAGAAUUAUGUAUUAAAUCAGGAAUAGCAAAUCCUGAAACGCUCUUAUUAAUUGGACCAGAUGCUGCGUCGAAAUAUCAGAUUGAUAAUGACACGAUCGAUACAUCUAAACAAAUUAUCACCACAAAUAAUAGUGAUAAAUCUAUUUCACAAAUGGGAGAAAUUACGGGUAAAAAGGAAGAUGAAUAUCGAAGGCAGCGGGAUCCAGAUGCAAUGAUAGCUUCGCUCGAUCGACUUACUGCUACAUUGGUUCAGCAAAGUGAAGCAAUGCGUGAACGAGAUUCAUGCACGAUGAAGGGAAGUUUGCUUAGUGAUACAUGGAAUGAGGACUCACCAAACGAACUCUCCUUUCCUAGUAUUAGUACCAGUAUUCCGCUAGUUUCCUCUUUUAAAAGUGACAUUCAAGAUGAUCAUAUCGUGGGUAGCGAACUCACGGAAGAGGAUUGUAGUAUUACAACUACCAUGACGGAAUCCAAGAUCAUCGAGAGAGAGGCUAUAAAACUUGCAGAAGCUGUUAGCGCUGAAGCAAAUCAAAUUAGUUUAGCCUCCAUAGAUCUCGAUGCAAUUAAUCCUCCAUCUACGAUGGGAAGUCUUAUUUCUCUUACUGCGAGUAUUAGUGGAAUAACGGAUAGCAUUGAUAAUUCAGCAGAAAAAGGUCAUCAGUCCACUUCUCUUCCACCAAUGCAAUUUACAUCAAGUAAGAAAAAAUCUUUACCUAUUGGAGUUGUUGCUCGACGUGCCUUGAAUCAUGGUCAGAAUCGCACAGGUAGCCUGGAAAAUCUUUUAAGUGAAUUUAAUGGUUGUAAUAAUUCUCAAAUAGAGAAUGUUAAGCCCCCAUCAAUAAUGGAUGAAUUAUUGGAUGUAGGCGAUAUGGAAAACAGUAUGUUAAGCGUAGCAAGUAUCACUUCUGAAAUUGCAGAUUGCAAAGAUAGUGAUUCUAAUGGCUUAGCUAGUAGUGAUCCAGUAUUUGAUCUUAUAAAGCCACUCACUAACGUUUUAUCCACUACCUGUAUGAGAUAUGCCGAUACAAUGCAUGGGAGUGCCACUAAUAGCCUAAGCGAAUGUUUAGAGAACAUUAAUCCUCCUUCUUUAUUUAAUGAAGUUAGUCAAAUGGAUGAGUCGUCAAUGGAAGGCAAAACUCUUUGUAUUGAUACAGAAAUUGACAACGAAGAAGCGACGCAUUAUGUCUUCGACGAACGAAUCGAAGAAAUAGCUAAUGAUACAAAUGAAACAGAAACUCUUAUUUUAAACGACUGUUGCAGCGAUUCUGGUGAAUUAACAUCGAAAAUAUAUUUGCACAAUAAUCAUACAGAUAACUUAACACCAAAACAAAAACGGCAAUGUAUUAAGGAAAGAUAUAAAACGUAUAUUAUUGAAGCAGAACGGGUUAAGAAAGAGCAAGCAAAUGGAAAUUGUUUGAAAAAUUUUGCUGGUAAAUGUUCACCUUUCUCAAAACUGACACCAAAACAACGUCGACAAGAAGAUAGAGCUAGAUUUCAAACUCAAAUCCUUGGCAGUCCUGUUUUCGAUAAAACUGGACAUAGUGAUGUCUCAGAAAGUGAAUGUGUAAAAUUAUCCAAUACAGAAAAGUCUGGCAUUCAAUCAAUUGCCAAAACUGGUAUUCCUAUGCUAAAAAAAUUUACCAGUGGCAAGAAGACUACUUCUAAGGUAAAUCCAAACAUUGAUCAGGGCAGCAAAGAAAAAUACCAUAAAAGACUUUCAAACGAUGAAGGGACUUCGAGGUUCUAUUCUGACGAAGUUAUAAAAGCUACAACUUCUUCGGGUGAAGCGAAAAAUUCAGAAAAAACGAAAGUUGAAACAUUUUCAAAUCACGAACAGAAAAUUAAAAUUGAAGAAGCAUUUGCAAAUUAUGAAUAUCCGAAUUUGGGAAUAGAACACACUGUGGAAAUGAAACUAGCGAAUGGAGUUUCCGAAACAUUUUACGAUAUGAACGGUAAGAUUAUGAAUGAAGAUUUUAUUGCAGAAAAUAUAGAAGAUUUAGAUGAGCUUAAACUAGAUGGUGAGAAGGACUUAUCCGAUAAAGAAGAAAGACAAAUCUGCAAAGGUCCACGAAUCGUAAAACCAGGAACAAUUUCGAGGGAUCUAAGCGUGGAAUCAAAUGGCACGGAGCAAUCGGAAUUUGACACUCCAAAAGCCAUUCGUGGGCGAAGAAAGGCACUGUAUUCGAUGCCCAAUACAAGGAAGUCUACUCCACAGUCUUCUCCGUUAAAGCAGGCACCGUUCGUAGGUGGACCAACAAUCAGUCGUAGCAAUACUUCACCAAUGGUACGCCCGACAAGAGCUACCACGCUCCGACAAAAUAAUAGCUUUCAAAAAUCGAAAAGUUCUCCAAAAAUGUCAUUAAAUGCUGUUGGAGUGGCAGAUAAAUCUGUUUCAACGAGUACCAAUGCCAUCAAACGGAGCCCAAUUUCGCAAAAGGGCUCGAAAGCAAUUAAACGGUUUAGUACGCCAGGUAAUUACAACGAUACGAGUACGAAAGCGGAAAAAUUGGAAAUGCCGAUAAAACCUUUGGAAAGACAAGGCACUUUUGUCAAAGACGAGCCGGAAAUGGAAAAUGUUCCUAUGGUUUUACCAAUGUCAUCGUUUAAGCCAAAUUUAAAAAAGGCAACAAAUUCAACUGCAAAACUAUCACCAAAAACUUCUCCAGUUCACGGAAAAUCGAAGAUUUCUCUUCGAACUCCUCAAAAGCCAAAAUCAUCAAAGCUUACAAAAACAACAAGCGCCGAGAAAAUUUCUACGUGUAUGAACAUCCCCAAGCGAUCUUCGACAAAUUUAUGUAGUCCAGUAGUAAAGUCUUCAUCGAAUUAUCAAAUUGGCUCUGUCAAUGAAAGCGGAAUACCUCGAAAAAUUUUAUUGGGACAGCGCUCUAACAGCAAUUCAAGCAUUGUUUCCAAUGCCUCAACUCAAGGAACUCGUAAAAUGGUGAAGGAAGCUACCAGUAAGAUUGCCAGCUUGUGGAAAAAAGUCGAGGAAAAUAGAAAUAAGCAACGCUGUGUAAAAACCGACACAAGGCAAUGGAUUAGUCAAAACCGCAGAUCGGACGAUAUUGAUUCUCCUAGCAAUAGGCAGCAAGCUUGUAGGUUAUGUAGAAGUUCCACUUUUGAGGAUGUUACCAAAGAUUCGGAAAAUUCGAAUAAAGACUUCAUCUCAGCUUCGGGAAAGUUACACUCACCGUUACAUACAUUCACUUGUCAAAAACAAAUAUAUUAUUUUGAGAAGUUAUAAUUUCUUCGGUAA